ACAGCACAGCCGCCGGUUUUUUUAACACGCCGCCAUAUCGCGGCGAAUGCGCAUUUCAGAUGACAGAUGACAGAUCGUCUCUGCAGCAUCUGCCGACUGGAGAUGAUUCGAUCAAAUGGCGAUUGCUUUGUAUUUUUUUAUGAGUUUUAAUGUGUCUCGAUAUAUUUAUACAGAGCAUAUUAGCUCCUUCGAGAUUAUAGCAUAAUUAGGGGACCAUCAUUUGUACACUUUCGGCACUUUUUUCUUCCUCCGCGAAGCUAAAAUAUCAAAACAGCUGUUUUUUUUUCUCAAGUGCGACUCUAAAACAGAAAAAAUAUAUUUACAUAUAUGCAAAUCGAAAAACUUCUGAUGUGGGGAGGGGAACAAACGUCAAAUAAUCCGCAAUUGCAAGUGUAUCUCUGCACUUUGAUGCGAUUGAACUUUAAACUUGUUUAUCUUUUACUUUUGUCUCGCUCGGACGAUGCAUAUUAAUUAAACGCGAACAAAAGUUACUGCGCUCUACUGCACGAUCGUCGCGAGUGCAUGUUGAUUAAUUCAAUCCUUAUUUAGUUUAAUGACCAGUGUAAAUAGGAUACGUACAAUGGUAUUUCGUAAGCAACGAUAACGCAGUCAUUACGCGUUAGCAAGGAUGUCCCUGUCUUUAAGAGACCAGUUGAGGAGUGAUGGUUUGCAAACGAUAGAUACACAAAAUAUGUCCAAUUCUGUAAUUGAAAGAAACAAAAGUAUUAUAACAAAGUUUCCAUUUCCUGUCUAUAAUAGAUUCCAUCAAAACUGGCGUAUAGAUCCUGAAAUGUCAAGACAUUAUUGGACUGCAUCUUUCUUUUUACCGAUUGGAUCGAUUUUUAUUCUUGGUGUAGUCGUUUUGCUUAUGGUAUUGUUCAAAAGAUGUCCACAUACAGUAGCUGCAAUUGUUGCUGCAAUCCUUGCCAUCAUUAUCAUAGUGACAGUUGUGGUAUCGCUUAAUCAUGAGCCAAUUUAUACUUAAUAUGUUUAAGCCAAAUAAUUACCGACUGUUAUAUAGAAUAAAUCUUUCUCUAAUUAUAUACAUUAAACUAUGAGAGUACAGAACUGAUCAAAUAUUAAUGAAUUUUGUAUCAAUUGUAUACAUUGAAUAAAUAGAUUCUACUUACUACUA